AUGGACACAUCCUCAAGCGACGCUGCUCGACCUUGCGACCUCAAGCAGGACGCUGCAACCGUCCGCGGGCAGCCUAGCUGUCCCCCGUCUGCUCAAUCGUGUGAUCCGCCUGCCCCUAGUAGUCCGGCACAGGACAAACCGAAGCAGUCAAAGAGCCGCAACGGGUGUGUAACUUGCAAGGCAAAGAGACUUAAAUGUGACGAGACGAAACCUACGUGCCUUCAAUGCCAGAAGAGAAACGUCCCCUGCGGCGGAUACAAGAAAAGCUACAAAUGGCUGUCCUUCGAGGAGUCUAGCUAUACUGGAAAAUCAAAACCAAAGACCCAAAGGUCAGACCCAGAAGAACGAGAGUCGCAAUGUGUCAGGCAGUACAAAUGCCGUUUUAUCAACGUCACGGCCGAGGACAUGCCGCGUGCACCGCCAGCAGUGGAGGCCCCGCCUUCAGCGAGCGGAUCUUGUGCAAGUUUUGACAGCCGGGUAACGCCGCUGCUAGAGGGUUUGGAUAUUCAGGGGAAAGCUUCUUCUAGCCCUGAGACUACAUCUGGCAUCCAGCUGCAGCAGAGCCUAGUAGCCAGGGAGGCCGUGCCUUUCCCUCAAUCUUCAGGGGCUUUUACUCCAACCUUCACAUCAGAAACGCAACCUUUCACAUCAAGAUCUCACACCCCGCUCGCAGACUCUGAGGAUGACAACGCUGGAGGAGUUAUUCGACAGGACAUUCCCGGCGAUUUCAUCACUCUCAAAAGAAAACGACCGGGAUCACUAUCCCAGAUACAUAGCAUACCCAUCCCCUCACCGAUAAACUUCGCAGCGGACAGUGCCGAAAUGCUCCUCCUUAGAUUCGACCGGCGCACCUGUGGUAUUCUCUCAAUCAAAGAUGGCGUAGCUGAGAAUCCGUGGCGGACAGCGGUGACUCCUCUAAUUCGAGAUACACCCGCACUAUACCAUGCAGUAUGUGCGAUGGCUGCGUUUCACUCAACCAAGGAAAAUGCUUCAUUCAAAUACCUUGGGAUGGACCACAUGCGCCAGAGCGUCCGAACGCUAGCUGUCGAUAUAGAAAGCAUGAAUAUAGAUGCGGCCUUGGCUACAACGCUCGCUCUCGCAUUUGCGGAUACAUGGGAUACGCAUGUCUCAACUGGCGUACAUCAUCUUCGUGGAGCUAAAGUUUUGUUUGACAGGGCCGUCGCCAGGCAUACCCACAUGCCACUUUCACCUAGCGACCAGUCCCGCCUGAUGUUUCUAUACAACGGCUGGAUGUACAUUGCAGUCAUUGCCCAGCUAACCUCCCGUGAAGACACCGGGUUCGACCAGAUUCCGUUUCCUCCCAUUUUCACCCCACAAGUCCACGAAGUCGACCCUUUAUUAGGCUGCGCGGCCAGCUUAUUCCCGCUAAUCGGCCGUGUUGCUGUCUUAGUCCAAAACGUUCGCAAGGUCCCAAUGAAUUCGGUUGCUAUUGUCUCCCAGGCGAUGGAGCUCAAAACACUCAUCGAACAAUGGGCUCCUCCGAGGUAUUUCAAACCGCCAGAAGACCCGACAUCCAAUAUCCAGGACAGCUUCCAGACCGCCCAGGCCUACCGUUGGGCGAUUCUGCUCCACCUGCAUCUAGCUGUUCCUGAAAUACCUUCAGAAUCUACAAGUGAACUAGCCAACCGAAUUCUUGUCACUCUCGCCACUAUCCCUCUGGGGUCCCGGACUCUUGUGGUCCAGAUCUUCCCACUUCUAGUCGCCAGCUGUGAAGCCGAUAGCGAGGAAGAUAGAAACUGGGCAAGAAUUCGUUGGGCAGAAAUGCAACAACGAAUGGCGAUUGGAAAUAUCGACCGAUGCAUAGAAGUUGUCUGCGAGGUUUGGAAGCGUCGAGACGCUCGCAAAGCUGCUAUGAUGAACCACCAAUCUGAUAUAUACUCUCUACCUCUUGAUACGCCGGUAUCAGGGGCCUGCAGCCGCCAUGACAGUGUAAUAGAGCCACUUGUCUUUGCUGGCAGGCAAGAUUCUCGUGUCUUCUCAGCUGAUGAUAUCAAUGCGGCUGCAUCAACACCGCUUCCCGAAACAUUUAAUCAAACACCGUCACCCAGCCCAACAGUAUCCUUAGCAUCUAGCCGCGGCGAUGGAUCUUCAGGCCUAUGUCGUAUUUUCCCCGAGUACGAAAGGACUGUUCGAGGUAAUCUACACUGGCUCAGUGUUAUGGGGGAUUGGGGCUGGGAAGGUUCGUACUUCAUGUCUUAUAAUGGUGGUUAA